CAAUCACACAACUGUCAACUCCCACUUGACUUGUGCAUCUCACCAAGAUGGCGGCAUUUCUCAAUAACCUCUUUGGAGGUUCCAAGCCAUCCGCGUCUCCAAUCCCAGCUGGUGACUCUGACUUUGCGGAUUUCGCUGGAGCUCCAGACCCAGAGCCCGCUUCUUUGACGUCCACCAUAUCCACUCCAAGCUUCACAGGGCUGGCCUCUUUCCCAACUGGCCGCGCAGUUCCUUACACAAAAUGGUACAACAUCCAUGAACGCUACAGCCUGAGCGACUUCAAGCAGGAGGGUGUGAUUCUCAGUUUGAUUGUGGUCAUUGUCAUCAUCCACAUGUUUGGCACGAGCACGAACAGAAAGAAGGCCAAGCAAUGGGUUGCUGCGCAUGCGCCUGUUCUCCAGAAAGAGUUUGCGCUUGUUGGAUUCGGUGGACGAAAGCCCCCUACCGCAGAGGAGGUCGAGAACGCGGGCCUCGCAAAGAGCAUGGCCAACGAUACCCUCGAGCUUCCCGUGGAUCUGCUAAAAGAGAAAUCUCCCCAAGAGUUCACGACCUACGCGACUGGCCGCCAGAACGUGGCUUUCCUCGAUGUCAACCUCACCCUGAUGAAGCGAUACAGCCCUCUCAGCAUGAUCGCAGAGUACGGCAUGAGCUUGUUCUUCGAAAGCAUGCCAGCUCCAGUUGAACAGAUGGAGGCGAUUCUGUACCCCUUCGAUGGCAGAGAGGCUCUUACCGUUCCUGGCCAAGCACCCGGCGCCCAUGAGCUUCGCAAGGAUGCCAAGAGUGGCUUUGAUGGAUUUGUCUGGGCUAUUGUGAACAAGGAGACCAUGAAACAGCUUCGUGAUGACCGAUACGAUGUCUCUAUUACUACUACUAAGGAUACCCCGAAACUCCCCGUUUGGGCUACCGUUAUGAGCGAGAGUGCCGAAAUUACAGACUUCCUUCUUACCCCUGAGCUCAUCAAGGCUGUUGAGGAAGCCGGCGAGUUGUUGAACCACCUGAUUAUCACUGACCAACCAAUUGAUCAGCCACUGAAAAUCGAGGAGACCAUUCCAAAGAAGCGCAUCUAUCUCUCCAUGAGAAUCCCCUCCUCCGGCAACUACAGCAAGACCUUGCCAAUCUUCGAGUAUUUCGUUCGCUUGACAGAUACUCUCGCCUCGAAUGCCCACUUCCGUCCCGAAGUCCUUCGCAAAGUCCGAAGCACCCGUGAAGAUACCGUCCGUAAGCUGCAAAAGGCUGAUGAAGAAGAGAAGGCUGAGGAGCGAGGCUUGGAACGUGAGAAAGCAAAGAAGUUGAAGAGAGAUCUCGAGUUGAAGGCUCUUGAUGCCAAAGGACAGAAGAAGUACCUCGAGAAGGAAAAGGAGAAAGAGAUGAGGAAGAACCAAAAGAAGAUGACCUCGAAGGGUUAG